CUCACCGAGUCGUCUUCCUGUAAACUCUGCAGGACAUUGUUCAGCAGCAGAGCUUUCCUGCCCCGUGGAUCAUCCUCCGCCGAAGCGCUGGACUUCUCCACCUGGGUUGAUGUUGGAACCACGACAGCGUGAGCUGAGCAUCCCUGCGAUGGACAGCAAACAUCAGCAGCGGCCUGCACCCAAGAGGCUGAAGAAGUGGGUGUUCAUCUUCAUCCUCCCCACCCUGCUACUCAUAUGGAGCUACAGUGGUGGAGAUGACCAAGAGAGCGAAGUUUCACUGACAGUGCUCCCCAAGAAGAAUCAGUACCAACCCAGGACUAUGCACUUCCGGAUAAAUACUGUUUCACCAACCCCCCAAAAUGGUGCAGAACCAACAGCUACUAAGGACCAAAAGGCUGCUUUUAUACGUGUGAGCAACACAAAGACGCUGCUGAUAUCGGCUUAUCUGGAGCACCGCACGGAGGAGAAGCAGGUCCGUGUUAUUGCGGUGGUGCACAGGAGCGAGUUGGUAGCCUAUCACUGCCUGUUAUGCUGUGAAAAUCAGAACCACAGCUCCGAAGGCUUAAGCGAUAUUCACAGCGACCACUUCAACUUCCCGUACGGAACGGCCGACAUCAUGUUUCCCCUUCCUCCGGGCUGCAGCGCACCGUCGCUCAUCGCUGUGGCUUCAUCUGCAGCCGCGCUUGAAGAUGAACACAACCGGCGAUUUUUGGAAAUUAGAAAUCAAAAGGCGGAUACUAACUACUUUCCUUACAACUUCACCGUCUGCAUCUCUGCGAUGUUUGACUUCACCAACGUUCUGCAGCUCGUGCAGAGUUUGGAAAUGCUCCAGUUACUCGGAGUGAACAGAGUAGUCGUCUAUAAAACCAACUGCAGUUCUGAGACGCAGCGGAUACUUGACUAUUACGCACGAAAAGGUUUAGUGGAGGUGAUUCUGUGGCCUGCAUCAAAAUUUCUGAACGUGUCUCGCGGCUGGUUGUACAGUGACAGUCCUGGCGACCUCCACUACUUCGGCCAGAUUCCUGCCCUCAACGACUGCCUCUACAGAUACAUGUACCGGUCCAGAUAUCUGGCGCUGCAUGAUAUUGACGAGCUCAUCCUGCCACAGACAGUCAACAGCUGGUUGGAGUUGUUGCCGCUGCUGGAGGAGAAAUAUGGCGACGACAAGUGUUACAUGUUUGAGAACAACCAGUUCCCCAACAACGUGGAGCGGCCGCCUCCCUCCCCAGCCCAAGGUCUGCCCCCCAAAGACCGCUGGAAGAAUGUAUCCGGGGUGAACAUCCUGGCCCACCUGUACCAAGAACCCAUCACUCCCGAACAUCAGUACGAGAAAUUCAAGAUCAUCGUCAACCCCCGAGCUGUGUUCAGGACGUCCGUCCACGGAGUCCUGAGCUCGCUAGACGGCUGCGUCUGGGUGGACCGGGACAUCGCACGGAUGUACCACACCAGAGCUCCUCUGCAAACCCUCUUGACGGCAGACCAGCUGGUUUAUGACAGCAGACUGCUGGACUACGGUGGCCGCCUCGUAGCGGCUGUGGACGCUGCGCUGAAGGAGAACGGACUUCUCUAGGCUCUGCAGGAAGAGGAACCUGUCAUCUCGUUAGGAUCCUCGCUGGCCCGGUCGCCUGGUUGGAUCAGUGGUCUUGCAGGGACCACAAGCUUGCUCCUGAUUGGACAGAGGAAUAAUUUGACCCUAACCUGGGAUUCUCUGGUUGAAGAUUUACAGGGUUAUUGUCUGUAUGGCAAUUCUAGGCAAGUGCCGAUCGUCUUGAUUGUUUUAGGGAUUAUCUUAUCGGAUUUGGGAGCAAAGUGUGUGCAGAGUCUGCAGUCAUCUAUCUCUUUGAACAUGAUCAGACAUCCAGUUAUGAGUGAGGUUUGGGUUGGCUUGUGCAAAAUGAAAUGAAAGGAGUUAACUUUAGUCCUUGUUAGAGAAGUCAGUCGAGAACAGUUUACUUGUCAGCACUUUACCGUUGGACACACCGCACACGUAUGCAGGUAUUUUAUUGAUCCUGCAAGGGGAACGGUUUGCAGAGAGGGGAAAUGUAUUCAUCUGAGGCUCAGGACUAAACUCUCUCCAGACGUUGUUUAAACCUUCAAGUCCAACUGUCACGCUGGCGUGAUCAAACCAAGCGGCUGGUACCACAUGUGGCAGGUCACACAAUAAUGGCGCUUUUACACUAGUACCUACUCAGCCUGACUCAACUCGCUUUGGUUUUUGCGCUUCUCCACUAAGGGUCUAACGUGCCGAGUAGAUACUUUUCUGUAACUACUCUGCUGAGGUUCUAAGCGGCUGAGUCGGCUGAGUAUCUGACAUCAUCACACUACAGGCCACCGAUUGGUCGGGGGGUUGGAGUCAGAUAUCUGAGUCAGAGGCGGAAAUCAGCGAAAGAGUGACUCGCGGCUUCUUGUUCAUUUUAUUCGACAGGCAAUGGAAGCGCAAACGUCUGUUCUGAUCCAACUCUGAGGUGCAGAUGUUCAUAAACCUGGUGGCUGAGGAGAGAAUUAAAAAGGGAUCUAGACGGGCGAUAAGGAACGACAAAAUCCAACAGGAGCUCUGUCACUUCAUAACUGCUUGCGGCUCCAGCUGACUUUUCAGCAGCGCCGAGACAAACAAACAAAAAAAAAGCGUUGCCGCUUGAAGCUUCUCUCACUGUCAUUUUUUUUUUACUUGGUAUCGAACACAAGCCACAGACCCAGCAGCACAUUUAUCAUCUCCUCCAGGUUCUACAUCUUUACUGUUGUUGUCUUCUUUGUUUAGAUCACACAAUCAAAUACGUCACAGCAGCUUCGCGAGUAGGUACUAGUGUAAAAGCGCCAUAACAGUCGGCUCACUCGUGGCUGCACACAGGCUUCUUAUGUGUCAAAAGAAGAACCGCAUGUAAAGGACUCAGAGUCUGCUUAUUCUUAUUUAUUAAGGGUUUAAGGGAGAGAAAUCGCUCUCUUAUGUUUUUCUACGGCCGUCUGCAUGCAUAUGGUGGGUUGGUGUAAAGAUUUGUUUCUUUUUUACAUGCUUUGAUCUUGCAUCAGAUGUAAGGUUUCUUGUGCGUAGGUGAUAAGCCCCAUGUGGGGUUGUAUUCCUGUUAUUUAACACCUUGGUUUGCUGAAUAAAUUUGUCCUGCAUCCUC